ACCCCGGAGGCCCCUCUAGAAUAGAAGAAUUCAGAUAUUCCCACCCUAAGAAUAAAGAAUAGUAGAAUACGUGAAAAAAAUUAACCGAUUGGACAGACAUUUUGACGCUUGAUGCUGUUUGAGCACUAUAUAACAAGGAGAGCCUCUCUGCAGGAAAAUCAUUCUUCAUUCUAAAUUCAUAUCAUACAUUCUGAUAACAUUAUACAAGGAAAAAUGGCACUCAGCGAAACCACUCGCCAUUCAGAUGCUGCCAUUGAUUCUAUGUUUGCCUCCCUUUAUCUUCAGAACUCUCUACCAAAGUUUGAGCUUCCUGAGAAAUCAACUCCUAAGGAGGCUGCAUACCAGAUCAUCAGUGAUGAGCUUAUGCUUGAUAGCAAUCCAAGGCUUAAUUUGGCCUCCUUUGUCACAACAUGGAUGGAACCUGAGUGCAAUAAGCUGAUAAUGGAAGCCAUCAAUAAGAACUAUGUUGAUAUGGAUGAGUACCCUGUCACCACUGAGCUUCAGAACCGGUGUGUGAAUAUAAUAGCUCGAAUGUUCCAUGCAUCUAUUUCUGAUAAAGAGCAAGCUAUUGGUGUUGGAACUGUGGGAUCUUCAGAGGCUAUAAUGCUCGCUGGCCUUGCAUUCAAACGCAAUUGGCAGAACAAGAGAAAAGCUCAAGGGAAGCCUUAUGACAAGCCCAAUAUUGUGACUGGUGCCAAUGUCCAGGUCUGUUGGGAGAAGUUUGCUCGGUAUUUUGAGGUAGAACUGAAAGAGGUGAAGCUGAGAGAGGGAUAUUAUGUUAUGGACCCUCAAAAAGCUGUAGAAUUGGUAGAUGAUAACACCAUUUGUGUUGCUGCCAUUUUAGGGUCUACUUAUAAUGGCGAAUUUGAGGAUGUGAAACUGCUUAAUGACCUUUUGAUGGAAAAGAACAACAAAACAAAGUGGGACACUCCAAUACAUGUUGAUGCUGCGAGUGGUGGGUUCAUUGCACCAUUUCUGUACCCAAAUUUGGAGUGGGACUUCAGGCUGCCAUUGGUGAGGAGCAUCAAUGUGAGUGGGCACAAAUAUGGACUUGUUUAUGCUGGAAUUGGAUGGGUUGUUUGGCGUGGCAAGAAAGACCUUCCAGAAGAACUUAUUUUUCAUAUCAAUUAUCUUGGAGCUGAUCAACCCACUUUCACACUCAAUUUCUCUAAAGGUGGGUGA